AUGGAUUGCCUGGUGGAGCACCCGGAAUUCUUCGUCAGCGAGUUAAGGCCAAACAAUUUAGACGACGUUCUGAAGAAGAUACAAAAUGAACUCCUUCAAGAGGAAGCAAGUCAGAUCAUUCUGAUCACCUCGGGGGGAACCAAAGUUCCACUCGAGAAAGUUCCCAUCAGACACAUGGAAAAUUUUUCCACUGGAAGAAGGGGAGCACAUAUGUGUGAAUAUUUUUUAAAGAAAAAAAAAAAAGUAAUUUUUCUACAUCGAAAGGGUACCUUCAUGCCAUUCGAGUGUCACUUAAAAUGUGCUACUCGCAUGGACAAUAUUCGUCUUGUGGAUGGACGUGUCACGCUGAAUUUAUCACAACACGACCAUGAAGCUGUGGUAAAUGAUGCAAAAUCGUAUGAACAGUUCAGGAAAAAUCUUCUUUGUAUUUCUUUUGAGUCAAUUUUUGACUAUGGAUUUUACUUGACGGCCAUUUGUAAUUUGCUCAAUGAGGAUUGGAGGGCUAGGCAGGUCAGCCAUACCACUACGGAUGUGAAGACCAAUGGAGUUUUCCCUUUACCACACCUCGUCAUCUUAAGCGCAGCGGUGAGCGAUUUCUACAUACCCUUUGCAGAGUUAAGUAAUCACAAAAUAAAUAGUGAGACGAAUGCAACUGUCUCCUUCCGAAUGCAGCUAGCCCCCAAAUUUUACAAACUUACGAAGAAGUACUUUCCCCUACUUAACUUUUGUAUGUUCAAACUGGAAGACGAUGAGAAAACACUACUCAGCAAGUCAAACGAGAGAAUCCCUUUCGCAGACAUAUUAGUUGCCAACCUGUUGAAUGAGCGUUAUAACUCUGUUUUUAUCUUCACGGGGAAAGAUGAUUUCUUCAAACUUACCACCUCGAAUGAGAAGGAACGGAUUGAAGAUGCCAUAGGUCGCUACCUUUGUAAGCACUUUGGCAUUCCGAUGGCAGACCCGUAG